UCUCGAAACAUGAAAGCCGUACAUUUUAUCAGAGGUUCAGAAUGAAAUAAUGAAAUAUGGAAAGAGAUUCAUUACGACAAAACUUUACAGAUGAGUUUUAUGAGGACUCGGAAAACAAAAGUGUUCUUGAAAGACCUCGCAAGUCUGAAAAAUCUAUUCUUCUAGAACUGAAAAAUGAGGGCGUUAUCCCUAACAACGGACGUUGCAGGAGAAAAGGACUUUCGUACUAUUUAUCAAUGAACGGUCCCGGUGUUAAUGGUUCAAGCACCCGCAGACCACCAAGAUUUUUAGAAAAACUUGAUAGUAACACUCAACAAAAAUUCACCAUUCAUGACGUAGAAAGAAAGAUGGCUGCUUCAGAAAACCUUCAUAAAGAGCAAUUAAAAGCUAAAGGAGAAACAGCUAGAAUAUUCGAAGAAAGAUACGCAAAGCUGAAAGAGAAAAAGGAAAGGGAAGAAACAGAGAAAAGACAGCGUAUCGAAGAAAAACUGAAAAGAGCGGAAAUGGUCCGAAAUACCAGCAACAGAGAAAAAAUUCCCAGAACAAUAGAUCGUAUAAUGCGAGUCCAAGAGAGAAGAGAUAUGCAACGAAGAAAAACUCUGGAUAGGUUCGAACGAAAAAUGAAAAGAGAUGAGGAAAAAAGAAAGCAAUUACUAGAAAAUAAAAAAAUAUCCAGCCGUUUUCAGACAGUAAAAGAAAGAUUAGAAAACAUUGAGAGAAAAAUAAAUCCAGUUGAACUUAUUUUAAGGAAUAACGAUCAAAUUACAAAUUAUCAACACAGUCCUCAAGUAUCACCAUAAGAUAAAACUGUAACCGACGAAUAAAUUAAAUAGUACAACUGACAAAUAAAACUGUA